AGGAGCGAGGAAAUGAAAAAUAAGAGAAGUGAGAAGGGCCCCAAGUCGGACACAAUGACUAACCAUCAUGCAACGCGCUAGGAAGACGUUGAUCGCAAUUGCGCAGGUCUGCGUCGGUCUCGCUUGUCUCAAACAAACCUACUGACUCGGAAGACAUGUGCUACCAAGCAAGCGUUCUCGACAUAAACACCCCCUGUCUCGCAGACACAGCGCGGGAGCAGUUUGUUCAACACUUCCAGAGCUGCUGGGUGCGGCGAGUCUGACUCAGGGGGUUAUACACACUGUCUGAGAGCACACUGCAUCUUCAAAGUCUUCCCGAUGGCGUCCUGUGACUACUCCCAUGUUACUUUUGUGAAUACCUGUGAUGAUGCCUUCUACUUUCAAGAAACACUAGAGAUGGGUGAAGAUUUGGCUGAAGAUGGUUUCGCAAAGUCACCGCUGGAACCCGAGAUACACUGGGUCCUAAGCAAGUCCAACCAAUUCCUGCUCUUUCAUGAAAGUCAGUUUGAAGUGAAAAACUUAGACAAGACUCAGCUAAAUCAGCCUGACUGCCAAUUCAAAAUCCAGAAUUACAAUGACAUGGAGACUGAUGGGGGACCAAAGGGAAGGCCAAUCAUGCUGUAUGCGAGUAUCGGUGGCGAUAAAAUGGUGGUGCGCUGCGAGCAAGAUAGUAUUUCUUCUGAACAAAUUGAUCUUCCAAAGAAGAUUGAUGAAAGUACCAGCGACAAAUUGUUCUACAUGGAAAAAAGCCAAGCAUCUCACAUGUACAAGUUUCGGUCCUCCAAGUUUCCGAAUAAAUACCUGGGAUUUGUGCUCGAUGCAAACCUUAACUUGAAUAAACUGGUGCUAAAGACGAGCAAGGAACCGGAUAAUAAGUGUGAGUGGCGUGUGUGUAACUGCAAAAGCGAUCUCAAAAUGUAAUCAUAAAAAAUCCACCCUGAUUGUCUCAUUAAGGGUGAAUGGCUUUGGGGACUACCUGCAGUAAUUGUUUUUCCUAUGUGCUGUUACAUACACUUUACCUUGUUUUUGAGAACUUAAUAAUUUAAUAACAGCUUAUGGGACCCACAAGUCUUAUAGUAUCAAACCACAAAGGCAUAUUAAAAUAAUCAUGAUAAAUAUUGUUUUUAAUAUCUAAAUCAAAAAUAAUUUGGGAAAUUCUGAAAUAGUAUUUGAACAUGUAUUUUCUUAGUGUUAUAUUAAGACAUGUUUCUUAUUGAAUAACUGCAUUCUUUUAUUUCAAAACAUUUUAAAUCUGUUUUUAUAUAAUAAUGGCAUUUCCCCCCAAAGACAUGCAUUUGGUUUGUUGCAUUAUAUUAAUAGCUUGAGUUUAUUGAUGUACUAUUGAACAGUUUGGUUGAUGCAUUACAGUGUAAUAUAAUGGACUCAAUAAACGAUGUACCUUAGAUACGA